AUGGUGGAGUAUGUUUGUGAACCUGGAUAUUUCCCGUCAAUCAACCCAGUUUGUACCGAAGAUGGAACGUGGAGUGAGUUUGUCUGUUCACCGUAUUUUAAAUGUAGUGAAAUUAGAAAAUGUAAUGACAGUAUGGAAGAAAAGGAUUAUUGGCUGUAUGCUGCCGAUUACCAAACUCGAGUCAAAUUGUUCUGUAUAUGGGGUGUGGGUGCAUUUGUCAGUCUUCAACAUUCGAACAUGGGGUCCUUCUUGGAAUACACGAUAACAGGAACAGACUGCGCAACGAGUCCAUUAGAUAACCCAGAGACCAAGGGAGCUGGAACAACAGAAUUUCAAAAAAUAAAAUUGCAGAUACCCCAAGGUUAUAAAAUAAUUGUUUAUAUUCAUUUCGUCACAAAUAGUUCUUUAAAGCCCACAUAUUAUGGUUCAGCUAAAGAUUGUUACCCUAAAGAUAAUGGUUGUGGAGUUCUGGGAAAAUUUGUUAUCGACACCCGAGGGACGGGCUUCAAGUUUCCAGACUCUCUGACGUGGAAAACCGUGGGGAUAUCAGCAGUGAUUGGAAAUAUAACCCGGUCUAUGGGUGGUCAUGUGAUAACAGGAUUCUGUGGGGGAGAUUGUGGUGGAUACGAAGUCGAUGAAACCGGAAAUGGAACUCAUCUGCAGAUAGAUAUAAACGAUAUGCCGCCGUUCAAAACAGCAGAACUGUCAAUUUCUGGUUUAAUUGUUAAACAAUUCGUAUAA